AAAAAAUUAUCAGAACUGGUGUCCCCACAACCUAUCGUAACACUAAUAUAAACCACGAUCAUGAUUCCUGCUAACGUACGCAAUUUGCAUCCGACUGAAUCACAGCGGAUGCUUCUACCAACUCCAUUCACUUGAAGAUCCGUUCAAUCGAAGUUUAUACUGGUUGCGGAUCAUAGCCGAUUUGGCAAUGAUCAUGUUCAAAGAUAAGAAAAUGGGACCCACGAUACCUCAGCUUGUGGCGAUCGGCUAUGUUUUAUUCACAUUUGUGAAUAAUGUCUAUGCCGGUGUCACAAGCAGUUUCAUCCGUUCAGAAUGGCCAUCAGUUGACAUUCCUCUUGAUAACGAAGUUUUUGCGGCUCCUGAUGGUUAUAAUGCACCUGAGCAGGUACACAUCACUCAAGGGGAUUAUGAUGGCAAAGCUGUAAUUAUAAUAUGGGUGACACCAACCGAACCAGGGUCAAACCAAGUACGAUACGGAAAAUCCGAUAAAAAAUAUGAUUUUACCGCAGAAGGGACGGUGGCAAAUUAUACGUUUUAUAACUAUACAUCCGGCUAUAUUCACCAGUGCCUUGUCAGUGACCUUGAGUAUGACACUAAGUACUUUUAUGAGAUUGGAGAAGGUGAUUCUGCUCGAUCAUUUUGGUUUCAAACACCUCCGAAAGUCGAUCCGGAUGCUUCUUACAAAUUCGGAAUUAUAGGUGAUUUGGGUCAAACGUAUAAUUCUCUGUCAACUCUUGAACAUUACAUUCAAAGUGGAGCGCAAACUGUUUUGCAUGUUGGAGAUUUAUCGUAUGCUGAUAGAUAUACAUAUCAUGAUAUGGGCGUACGCUGGGAUACAUACGGUCGUUUUGUCGAAAAAGUUCAAGCGUAUCAACCAUGGAUAUGGACAACAGGAAACCAUGAGAUAGAGUAUAUGCCAUAUAUGAAUGAAGUUGUUCCGUUCAAACAGUAUCUUCAUAGAUACCCUACUCCGUAUGCAGCCAGUGAAAGCAGUGAUCCUCUUUGGUAUGCUGUCAGACGCGCAUCCGCUCAUAUAAUUGUGCUAUCCAGCUAUUCUCCAUUUGUAAAGUAUACACCUCAGUACAUUUGGCUGGAGGCAGAAUUAAAAAAAGUGGACCGUAAGAAAACACCGUGGCUUAUUGUUAUUAUGCACACGCCUAUAUACAACAGUAACAGCGCUCACUACAUGGAGGGUGAAAGCAUGCGGGCUGCGUUCGAGAGUUGGUUUGUUAAGUACAAAGUAGAUGUUGUCUUUGCGGGACACGUUCAUGCUUAUGAAAGAUCGUACCGGAUCUCGAACAUACACUACAACAUAACAGGUGGAGUAAGUUAUCCCGUGCCGGAUAAAUCAGCUCCGGUGUAUUUAACUGUUGGAGACGGUGGAAACCAAGAAGGUCUUGCAUCAAGGUUUAAUGAUCCUCAGCCUGAUUAUUCUGCAUUCCGAGAAGCAAGCUAUGGGCAUUCUACACUUGAGAUAAUAAAUAAAACUCACGCAUUCUAUCACUGGAAUCGGAACGAUGAUGGAAAGAAAACCGAAACCGAUGCCUUCGUGUUGCACAACCAGUACUGGAACAAGAGUCUUCGAAGAAGGAAACUGAAAAAGAAUUAUCUGCACACGAUUGUUCCGACUCUAGAGCAACUUAACCAAUUAUGAAGACGAAGAUAGGCGUCGGUGCGUAGUUAUCGAACAAAGGUCAUCUCCCACUCGAGCCUUCUGGUAAUUCCUAUCCGUGACAUCGGUAUGAUGAAGGUAUCAGGCGCGUGUCGAAAUAAGAAGUUUGAAGGUAGAAUGUUGUAUUUGGAAUGAAAAUAAUACUUUGAACGACGUUUUUUUCUUAUCUUUCAUCAACUUAUGAAUUGUUCGGGCCGAAAAGUGGCCAAGUGGGGUAGCGUUGGAUAACGGGUCAAAACAGUGUUCUACGUAUAAAAGAGUCUUCAUGGUA